UUGCUUACAUCUUGUCCAUUAAUUAUCGGGUUGAUGAUAAAAAAAGAAUUUAUAGAAAAUGUUUGGGUUAAAAUGCUACGAGUGAUUCUCUCUGCACCUCACCGACUUCAGUCUGCACCUCCUUUUUCUUUUAUAUUUCCAACUCUAACCCUAUCACGAUACGCAUUUCAUAUUUACAAAUCCUCUACCCCUUUCUCUUCCCACUCUCCUUGCCGCAUUUCUUCUUUGAAAUUCUACAUCUCUUUUCCUUUUCUCUUUACUGGCACUUCUCCCCUCCUCCCCUCUUCCUUCAUUUUUUACCAUUUUUUUUUCUAAGGUCAUCAAGUCAGAUAUGCAUAGAAAACUACUACUCCACCGUGCUCACCGCCUCCAUGGAUUCACACUGCCACAUCACCCUCGAAUCUCUCGCUAGAUCAGUUAUGAGGCGGGGUGUCGGAGACAGGCGGUGGGGUUGGAGUCGGAGACAGACGCGCAAGGAACCCGCACUUGAAACUGCGAUUCGUCUUCUCUGCACGUGGAGCUGCGGUUCGUCUCCUCCGCACCUAGAGUUGCGGUCGUCUUCUCCAUACUUGAAGCUGCGGUUCAUCUUCGUCUUCUAUACACUUGGAGCUACAGAAUUACGGAGAGCUACAGAAUUACGGCCCAUCUUCGCAUAUGGAGCUGUGGGUAGUUGGAAUUGGGGGUUUAGGUUUUAUGUUGCUUUUUUUUUUACUUUGUUAUACUUAAUUAAAUUUUCAUUUGAUUUGCUUUAAGUUUAGAAUUUGUAUUUGUAGAUAUUAUAUAUUAUAUAUUUUUUAUAUUUAUUUUUAA